CCCCAGCAUCAAACGCACAUGUUGGGUGUGUUGUGCAGAGGAUUGCGCUGAUAUUACGGCAAAUAUUGAAGCUCUGAGGGCUGUCACGCCGCGGUUUCCUCUCCACAGACCACACACACAAGGGAAUAAGUGUCACAGCCACUGAGAAAUACUUUAAAAAUUCACAGUCAUCGCAGGAAACACUUGCAGGUGUGCGGGCGAGGAGGCUGACACGCGUCUCAGCGUGGCUGCGGGCUGCUACUGUCGGGACUCCACCGGACUGAAGGCUUUGAGGCUCGCCGAGCGACGCCAUGAGCUCCAGGGUGUGUAAGAACUGCGGCGGCUCGGACAUCGAUGUGGACCAUGCGCGCGGCGACGCCGUCUGCAUGGGCUGUGGCUCCGUGCUGGAGGACAACAUCAUCGUGUCCGAGGUGGAGUUCGUGGAGACGGGAGGCGGAGGGUCAUCGGCCGUCGGACAGUUUGUCUCUUCACAAGAUGGAGCCAAACAUCCUUCCUUUGGAGACUCACACCUCACAUCGAUGGGGAGGGAGUCCCGAGCCCAGACUCUGCAGAAAGCCAAACAGCACAUCAACACUCUGGGUCACCAGCUGCAGAUGAACAAGCACUGUUUGGACACGGCUUUCAAUUUCUACAGGAUGGCGCUCACCAAACACCUGACCCGCGGCCGCAAGUCCUCGCACGUCAUCGCCGCCUGUCUCUACCUGGUGUGCCGCACCGAGGGAACGCCACACAUGCUGCUGGAUCUGAGCGAUCUCCUGCAGGUGAACGUCUACGUCCUGGGAAGAACUUUCCUCGUCCUGGCCAGAGAGCUGUGCAUCAACGCCCCGGCUAUAGACCCGUGCCUGUAUAUUCCCCGGUUCGCUCAGCUGCUGGAGUUUGGUGAGAAGAACCACGACGUCUCCAUGACGGCGAUGAGACUGGUGCAGAGGAUGAAGAGGGACUGGAUGCACACGGGACGGAGGCCGUCGGGACUCUGCGGAGCAGCUCUUCUCGUUGCUGCUCGUGUGCACGAGUUUCGCCGCACCAUCAAAGAAAUUGUCAGCGUUGUGAAAGUGUGUGAGAGCACGCUAAGAAAAAGACUGAUAGAGUUUGAGGACACGCCCACCAGUCAGCUGACCAUCGAGGAGUUCAUGAAGAUCGAUCUGGAUCAGGAGUGUGACCCGCCCUGCUUCACAGCUGGACUACAGAAGAAGAAAAUCGAGCAGCUGGAGACGGAGCUGAAGAAAAAGAUGGAUGACGUCGAAGAUGAAAUUCAUGGCUACCAGGAUGAGAUCGAUGCAGAGCUUCACAGCAGCAGACCCAAACUGAGGGGAGUGUACGCCGCCUACGCCAAGGAAGACUGUGGAGAUGACGACGACGACGCUCUCUCCACGACGUCUAAAGCGGCAGACGAUGAGGAACAGGAGGAGGAAGCCGAGCUUCAGGCCGUGGCCAAGCACUUUGGCAAAGACCUCGGCGAGCUCACGCUGGAGGCUCUGAUCAAACUAGAGCAGAAGAGACCAGAGGAGGAAGAGGAGAACCAGCAGCAGGAGGAGGAAGAGGAGGAGGGGGGCGUUCCGAAGAGAAAAGGCCCAUCGCUGGCGUCCAUCUUGGGUACGAUGCCCUCAGCGGCCACUCUGGGCCUCUCCGAGUCCAUCACCAAGUGCAUCGGAGACGAGAAGGAGAACGAUGGUGCUGCCGACAGCGGGGAGCUGGACCUGAGCGGGAUAGAUGACAGCGAGAUAGAGCUGUAUCUGCUGGAUGACAAAGAAAUCAAAAUCAAGACGGCGCUGUGGAUGGCAGAAAACUCCGACUACCUCAAAGAGCAGAAAGAAAAGGAGGCGAAGAUAGCGAAGGAGAAGGAGCUCGGCAUCUACAAAGAAAAGAAGCCAAGAGGCCCCGCUAAGAGGCGUCAACCGAUCCGAGCCAACACCGCCGACGAGGCCAUCGAGAAGAUGCUGGAGCAGAAGAGGAUCUCCUCCAAGAUCAACUACGACGUCCUGAAGGACCUCAACAUCAAACCCGGCGCCAGCCCAGCUCGCAAGGCCGAGUCCGUGAAGAAGGAGCCGUCUGCCACCAAGCUGACGGGACGCACCCCCAAACCUGUACGAGCCCCACUCAGCCUCAGCACGCCGCUCAGCACCCUGGGAAAAAGGUUGCAGCCGUUCAUCAGCGGACAGCCCAACAAGAAGCUGGCGGUGGAGCAGGUUGCCAACUCCAACCCCCUGCCGCUGCCCGUGGGGGCCCCCGCCAGCGGAGUGCUGGUGGAGAGCGGGCCGGUCGUCUACGACGAUGCAGCUGCUGAUGAGGACGAGGAAGAGGAGGAGGAGACUUGUGUCAGCGCCAUGGAGCUGAUGGGCAGCCAAGAUUACGGUUGUGACGGAGACUAUGACGAUGGAUUCUAGCGGUGGCUUCCCUGGGUCAUCAUCAUCAUGUACGGACUAUUGUGAAUCCCUACCUGUAUCAAAUGUUUACUACCAAGGAAACAACAUGGCUGCAGCUACAGCUCACCACUGUGAUGCCAAGAGGAACAAGGAGUAAAUGGGACAGGUGUGCAAGAAAACAAAGGCUGGAAAAAAAAAAAAAAAUCACACUUGGCAUCACAUCUGGACUGAACUGAGGACGCAGGGUCUGGACGCUGACAGAGGUGGUGGAGUGGAAACAAGGGCUGCAUGUGUUCACAGAUUGUAGGCAGUUCUCCUGUAAGCAUAGGUUUGUUCAGGUGUAGGUCAGAAGACAUUCUGUGACUAAUAACUGCUUCAACAGCAUUGAAAGGACUUUUUAAUGUGUAGUCAGGAUCAGCUUCUUUAUGAAAUACAGUCAUUUAAAUGCUGCUGAAACAAAGACCAUCAUCAGGAAAGUUGGAAAAAUGUGUGUCUCUUGACCUGCAAAUACCAAACCAGUGUUAACUGUGAGAAGCUCAGCAGAGGAGAGAAGCUGCAGCAAUCUGUCACCAUGUGUCUCCUCUGGAUGGCUUAAGGUUUAAUGUAGAAAAAGCCAAGUCGAACAAAAUGCAAAACAUUAUCAUAACACUCAAGUACUUACCAGUAUGUGACUUUUAAGUAUUUCCUGCCGCCUCUAAACUAUGCUUCUCUGCUACGCUGCCUCCCAGCAUUAACAUGUACUGACCAACAAGCAUCUAUCAAUCAGGUAGCGUGAGAUCAAUCAUCAUUAUCAAUCAUUUUUCUGUCAUCUCUGGAUCAGAUCAAUAUUUAUUAAUGCCUUAGGACAGACUUGUGCUGUCUGCUUCUCUGAAGCCAAAGUAUUACAAUGUUGUUGCCUUUGAACAGUUUAUCCCAGGUUCUGUGCUGAGAUGUUAUUGAAUCCAAAAUGAUGGGAUUUUAGUAGAACAAGUUUCCUGAUGAUGAUUGGAUUAGUUUUUCUUUUGCUUUUAAUUAGGUUUGGGCUUUUCCUAAUUAUUUUGUUAUGGAACUGAUUCUCCAUGAUUAAUUUAAUGAGCUUGUGUCAUUUGAUUUAAUGUUAAUUAUUCUUUUAGGCGUUUAAAGCCGGGAUGUAAAUACAUUCUCUGCGAUAUUAUAUUUUCCACAUGGAUGAGGGGGAGCCUGAGCAGAGAAUAGAUCUAUUUUGUAUUUAAGCUUUUAUGAUUUUUGAGUUGGAAAAAAAUGACACCUAGAGAUUGUGGCCUUUUCACUGUGUCCACACAACAGUAUUUAGCGAGGCGUCUAUGGCUGCCUCUGUGCUGCUGCUACGAGUCAUGAUGUUACAUCUGUAUAUUGUUGUGUGAAUUUGCUGCUACAGUAAAGAUUUCACUAAAUGAGAAAAAGAAA